AUGGCAACUCAAAGACAAGCAGGCACAUAUGGUCCUACAGAACCAAGAGAGAUAUUAGCACUCCUGGGAGUGCUAAUAGCAGCAGGGCAACAGAGGAUAACCAUCUCCCUUCUUGAGAUGUGGAGUGCCGUCACUGGGUGUCCCCUGUAUCGAGCAGCAAUGUCCAAGGGGAGGUUCGAGUUUCUGGUCUCCUGUCUGCGGUUUGACAACCCAGACACGCGUGUGGAGAGGCUGAAAGAGGACAAGUUUGCCCCUGUGAGGAAAGUGUGGGACAUGUUCAUCGACAACUGCAGGCGGCUGUAUGUCCCACGCGAGAACCUCACUGUGGAUGAACAACUGUUGGGGUUUAGAGGGAAGUGCCCCUUCAGGAUGUACAUUCCCAACAAACCUGCAAAAUAUGGCAUCAAGCUCGUCCUCAUCUGUGACGCCAGCACCAAGUACAUGCUUGGUGGCAUACCCUACCUUGGCAAGCAGGGGACAAGGCCACGGGAUGGGGUCAACCUUGGUCAUUAUUUGACAAGAGAACUGACCAGGCCAUACCACGGCUCCAAUAGAAAUGUGACCACGGACAACUGGUUCACAUCAGUGCCUCUCAUUGUUGACCUCCUCAACAACUGUGGAAUGACACUUGUUGGCACAAUGAGAGCAAACAAGCCUGAAAUUCCCAGUGAGAUGAAGACCAAGGAAACAAGACUCCAUGGAUCAAGUGCCUUUCUGUUCACCAAUGCGAUGACGUUUGUGUCGUAUGUGGCAAAGACUUCACGAAGAAACAAGAAGAUGGUCCUACUCAUGUCAUCCCAGCACACCCAGCCUACCAUUGCACCAGGGGGCAAGCCAGAGAUCAUAGAGUUCUACAAUUCUACAAAAGGAGGGGUCGACACAUUCGACCAAAUGUGUGCCACAACUUCCUGUUCAAGAAAGACACGACGCUGGCCCCUCUGUGUGUGGUAUGGCAUUCUCAAUGCUGCGACCAUCAAUGCCUUCAUCGUCAGCAGCGAGAAUCGGGCAAGGGCAGGCACCAAACUACUGGCAAGGAGGACCUUUAUGAUGGAUGUGGCGAUGGCACUCAUCACUCCCUGGGCCCAAGCACGUCUGUCAACACCAUCCCUGUCCCGAAACCUUCGCAACUUGAUAGACACUGUCUGUGAGCUGCCAUCAGACGGUAUUGCUGCUGGGACACCAGGGACAUCCUUUGCAGACAGCCGCUCCCCCCUGGUACGCUGUUCUGAGUGCUCUAGUAGGGCAGACAGGAAGACCCGGCACCGAUGCAACAGGUGUGCCCUACCCAAGUGCCCUCGACACCUGUACCCUGUCUGUGGUAACUGCGUAUAAGAGUUUCCGGUGGUAGUAGUGGGCUUAGGCGACCUGUACCCCAUCGGGGAUGACUGCUUAUGAAAGUUACCUGUGGCAGUAGUGGGCUGCAACUGACUGAGGCGAGGGGCCAACUACCUAGUAACUAGUGUACCAAAGGAGAAGUCACCAGCUGCAGUACUUUUUUUUUGGAAAUUUUUUUCUAAACACUUUUUCAAAUUUAGUCAAAUUUAGGUUAUUCCUUAUUAAGGUCAAUAUCAAUAUUAAAAUAAAGUACAAUUUAAGUUUAUAAGUUUAUAAUCUAUAGUUUAAGAGUUCCUUUUUCACUGUAAAACUUGUAAUAAACCUUAAUUGAAAACUAC